AUGAAACUCGACAUCUUCGCUAGAGCUCUAGGAGUGGCUAGUCUCUUCUCCCGAGACCUGACUGUCCCUAACCUACCCAACGACAAGCUCAUGGAAUGGGGUGAGACCGAGGCCACCAAGAUCUUUGACCAGGAUCUGUCUUCCUGUGACAAGUGCCGACAGGCUCUUGAUCUGGGUAAGAAGUUUGCUCUCAAGAACCGAGACCUGACUCCCAGGUUGCUUGUCAAGCUGUGUCAGAAGUACAACUUCACUGCCGAUUGUGAUACUUGGCAAGGAGAUGUCAUCACUCGAGGAGGUAAAGGAAAACAUGCUGCCAACGUCAUGACUCUUCUCGAUCCCUAUGGAGAUGAUGGCCAGGCUGUGUGUGCCGAGUUUGUCAAGAUCAAGGGCAAGGCUGCUUGCAAGUACCCUGAUACCCCCAAGUUUGAUAUUUCCUCUUGGUGGCCCGCAAAGCCCCAGAACCCCAACAUUCCCAAGAGUGAGGGAAAGACCUUCAAUGCUGCUCAUGUUUCUGAUUUCCACAUUGAUUUGCGAUACACAAUUGGCGCUGAAGCCGACUGUGACAAGGGCAUGUGUUGCACUCCUGUUGUGGAGAACAAGAAGGCCAAGGCAGCUGGUCUAAGUCCCCUUGUACCUGCCCAGAAACAGGGUACCUACAAGUGCGAUUCUCCCGAGGUUCUUCUGGACAAGGGAAUGCAGAGUGUGGGUACCCUUGCCGCUGUUAAGGACUUCGAAUUUGCCAUUUUCACCGGAGAUAUGGUGUCACACGAUCUAGAUGAGUGGCUUUCAUUUGCUCAUACGUUUCAGUCCGAGGAAGAGUGUUAUUAUCUCAUGAAGAAGCAUCUCAAGGAUGUCCCAAUGUACCCUACCUUUGGAAACCACGACUCGUAUCCCUACGCUCAGCUUGCACAGAACAAGUCCGGAUACGCUGGAGACUUCACCUGGAAUGCCGAGCUGAGCGCUGCUCUGUGGCAGGAUUUUGGCUGGAUAGACGAAGAGACUGAGAAGCAGGCUGCUCACACUUAUGGAUCGUUUGCAGUGACAACCAAGCGAGGUCUGCGAGUCAUUUCCGUUGAUUCCAAUUUUUGGUACAAGGCCAACCUUUACAACUGGUGGAACAUCAGUGACCCUGAUCCGUCUGGGACCUUCAAGUGGAUUGUCAGCGAGCUUCUGGAGUGUGAGAAAAAGGGACAGAAAGCCUGGCUGCUUGCCCAUGUUCCUACCGGUACUGCUGCCGCUGCUACUCCUUGGUCUGCUGAGAUUAUGCGACAGAUCAUUGUUCGGUUCUCUCCUCAUGUUUUGGCUUCUGUAUUCUACGGCCAUACACACGCUGAUCAGUUCACGGUGUACUAUGAUGGUGAGUCUGAUAAGGACAUUGUUUCGGAAGAGAGUGCUCUUCAGAUAGGAUGGAUUGUGCAGUCUCUCACUCCCAUGAACAACUACAAUCCCGGUUGGAGAUACUACGAGGUUGACACCAAAACCUUUGAGAUCAUGGACUCCCGAAACUACUAUACCAAGCUCAACGAGACUUUCGACUUCGACAUGAGGUACGGUAAGAAUGUGACAACCAAUGGCUUUGAGCAUCUUGAGUAUCCUGCCCAUACUCCUCAAAAUAUGACCUGGGAAUUUGAAUACUCUGCUCGUGACGCGUAUGACCCUGACCACACUUGGCCCAAGAAUGCCCCCUUGAACGGUACUUUCUGGCACAGAGCGGCCAGGAACAUUGUUACCCGAGCCAACCAGACUCAGCUCUACUAUGACCAUUACUACCGAAAGUCGCCUUUUGUCAAGCAGGAUUGCGAUGGAAAGUGUGUCAAGAAUCUCUACUGUUCUUUUGUCACCAGUACCAACGACCAGCUUGCUCGAUGCAAGAAGCUGAAGGAGAUUCCCCAUAUGGAGUAA